ACCAACCGACUGUUCUGUUUGAAACAAGCUUAGUUAUUCUGUGCUUUAAGUAAUCGACCACAUUACUUUAUUAGAAACAUUAAUCAACCGAGGUUCAAAAUGGUCAGUAAUUACCCAUCUACCCCGAUGAUCCAUCAAACUGCAGCCCCACUCGAUCACAGUUAAACAAAGCAGGAAAUUAAUGAUUGACUUUACUUCUAAAUGCUAAAAUUGCGAUCGCUGCAUUGCGUCUAUCAAAGCGACUGUUGUCGCUAGGUUGGUGGGGCAUUCGGAUUUCUAAAGCAUGAUAGGUAUUGGUGGCUAACAAGCAAACGUCUGAUGGUGAGCGGUCACUGUAGCCUUUGGACGCCUGCAACUCCAGAUAUUAAUUUUAAAAGUAUGAACGGUGGUUAAUAUUGCACCCUGUAGGUAUAUUCAAAACAAUUGGCUUUACAAAUACAAAGGUGUCCUAAAAACGGUUUUAUUCAAAACAACUGAAAAUUGGGCAUUAUGGUCAAUAAGUGAAAUGAAACAAACGCCCAAAAACAUAUCGAACCUCAAACACGUCUUUUUAAAUAUGCCUUCUGGAACAACAUAUAUAAUACAUCUUUCAAAGUCAAGCCAAUGUAGACUUUAAAUAAAUAGCUGGCACAACUGGCUUAUGCAUUGAAUGUUUAAUAUAGGUACGGUACCUAUAAAUCAUUCCAUACGCAAGUAAUGGGGACUUAUUAAACGGUUUUAUUUUAUAGGUAAUUUAAUCGAUCGAAAAACAGAAUAAUUGUAUACACAAUUGCAUAAACUAUGGUGUGGAAAAGAUAUAAAAGAGCAAACCGCCUUCAAUGCAAUUACUGCGGAGUGAUAAUGCGGAGAGUACUGUUUUUAGUGGCCUGCCUGGGUUCUUUACAUGGGGCACUUUCAUGUGACGAUGAUGAAUCAGAGCCGUCGACGACGGAAGCAAGCACUGAGGGGCCCAGUUAUAGAUGCGGGGUUCCAGCACUUACCUGCCCACCACACGAAGAGUAUUCCUCUUGUAUCCAAAGCGGCUGCACUGCCAAGAACUGUAGCCAACUCGGGAAGCCGGUGCCUUGUAUAAAAAUAGACCCUAAGUAUUGUAUUGAGGGGUGCGUCUGCAAGACGGGGUACUUGAGGAACGCAAAAGGAAUGUGUGUACCUAAAGACCAAUGCAAGACAAAAUGCGGACUAAACGAGGUUUUCAGCGAUUGUCCCAACCCCUGCCCGCCCAGGAAGUGCAACCUCAAAGAUGCAGUAUUCAAAUGCAAGGCGCCGCCCAAGCCAGGAGAUCCUGAAUGCAAGCCUGGGUGCAUAUGCGCUAAUAACUAUUACAGAAAUGCGACAGGGUCAUGUGUGCUAAAGAAAAACUGCGAAAAACCAUUGAAAUGUCCUAAAAACGAACAGUAUGAUCCCUGCAUGAAGAUCUGUCCCCCUCAAAAAUGUGGUGUCAACCCAGCUUUGAUCCUGUGCCUGCCUAAUCCAGAGUAUGGCGAUCCAAACUGCAAACAAGGCUGCAUCUGCAAGGACUUAGAAGUACGGAACGAUGCCGGACAAUGUGUCCCGAAGGAUAAAUGCCCAAAAUGUACUGGCCAGAACGAAUACUUCGAACCCUGCAUUCAAGGUUGCUCCAACCAAACAUGCGGAAGCAUCGGUCAGAAAUACUUCUGCCCAUUCCAGAAAGGCUGCAAGAGUGGCUGCAGAUGCAAACCCGGAAUCUACAGGAAAGAUGUUGGAUCACCUUGCAGUCUCACAGAGGAACAGUGCACCAAAGGAAAGUGUCCACCUGGUGAGAGAUGGAACCCGUGUCCUGCGAUCAAAUGCGAUGCGGAUUACUGCGCAAAAAAUAAAGAUUCCCCAAAAUGGUGCCCGAUCGGAAUAGUCUGUGACCCGGCAAGAUGCGAGUGCGAGAUAAAUAAAAAGAGGGACAGGAAGACUGGCAAAUGUAUCCCAGUGGCUGACUGUCCACCAUUCCCCUGCCCCUGCAAUGAAGAGUAUAGAUUUUGUCCACCGCCGUGCCCUGGAGAGUCGUGUCUUGCGUACAUCACCGGGCCGCUGGCGGGGAAAUGUCCACCAAAGGAGCCCGGGACUCGCUGCACGCCGCAGUGCAAGUGUUGCGAAGGAUAUUCCAGAAACGACAAUGGAACUUGCAUACCAAGUAAACACUGCAUUAAAACAACAACAACAACUACAACUACAACAACAGUAAAACCGACUACUGCCAACACCGGCGACAGAGGUUCUGGAUUAUCAGGUUUGCUAGAUGGCAUCACAGCAUUCACUGGAAAAUGUCUUUAUGAACGCAUGCAAUCUGCACCGAACGAAAACAUCAUAAUGUCAGCCAUGUCGGUGUUCAAUCCGAUAGCCCAGCUUUGUUUGUACUCGAACGGACCGGCUUUUGAUCAGUGCAUCAAAAUACUAAAUCUUAAGGACAAACAAGAUAUUCGGGAUACUUUUGCCAAUUUCUCCACCUUAUACGAAGGUGUACCCAGUGUUAACUUUUCCACGGCUGCCAAAGUAUAUUCCAGUGAUAAGUACCCGCUGAGCGACGGUUUCAUAAAAGAUACCGUCGACGUCUUCCACGCCGCAGCACAAGUCAUCGAUUUCAUUAAAAAUAUUGAAGCUGCAGAUAUAAUGAACGCCUGGGUUGAAAGUAAAACCAACAAUCGAAUAACAGAUUUAGUUUCACCUGACAUGUUUAGUCAUUCGACAAUAGUGGUACUGAUCAACGCCAUUUACUUCAAGGCUAAAUGGCUUAACGAAUUCAAUGAAAAUAAUACGAAAGAAGAAGAUUUCUAUCUAAGCGAUGGUUCGAUUACAAAAACCAAGUUGAUGAAUCAAGAAAUCAAGGACCUAGAGUACGGAGAAGAUGCAUCUUUAGAUUGCAAGGUGGUUCGAAUCCCUUACACAGGCGGAGAGAGCUCCGCGAUAAUUGUUUUACCAAACAGCAUUAACGGCACAAUGCAGUUGGCUAAAACUCUACAAGUUCCGGCGAAUUGGAAGAAACUCUUAGAUAGCCUCUCCCCUCAAAAAGUGCAACUAUAUUUACCAAAAUUUGUAAUUAGCACAACUACAGAUUUAAAAGAUUUAUUAAAGAAGGCUAAUAUCACCAAUUGGUUUGACUGCGGCAAUUCUGGAUUAUCCGGACUUUUAGCCAAGCCAGAAGACAUCUGCAUAAGUGAGGCUAUUCAAAAAGCGUGGUGUGAAUUCAAUGAAGUAGGAACAGAGGCUACUGCAGCUAAUGUUGUAGUAGGCGUAGGUGGCGGCAUGCCAAUGCCCCCAGUGGUAUUUAAAGCUAACCGUAACUUCCUUUUCUAUAUUCUACUAAAGACUGCCACUGAUUUGCCCAUUUUCUGUGGAAAAUAUGGAAAUCCGAACUAAGUAACAGAAUUUAACAUUAAGUUUUUGUGGGUAUAACUACUACAGCAGUCAGGCCGCCACCACCACCGCCAAAAAUAUUCAGAGCAGAUCAUAGUUUCCUUUUCUAUGUGUCG